UAAGACAACCCAUUGGGUCCGCUUGCGGAAUACUUCACGUCUCCCGAAGAAAUGAAGCCGCAGAUGUUAAAGCUGAAAGAUUGAUCUCUAUUGCUUCUUGGUUUAUAUCUCAGGCCUCUGAUGUUUGGGUAGAUGGGGACCAUUUUUUCUGCCAUUUUGUUUGCUUUUUACCCGGCUUUGCUUGUUUGAAGGAUUUGCAGGGAUCUGUCUCUGGAGUAUCAGCUAAUCAGCCACAGAGGGAGAGAGAGAGAUAAUGUUCCAUGUGUGUUUGUGUACGUUCGUUGUCUUGGAACGAUUAGUAGCCACGGUAUGUCUGUACUUGGAUACUAUUUCAUUUGCUUUGUUUUGCCUCCCACUCUCUCUCUGUCUCUCUGGUUAAUUGGGAAAACUGGGUCCUGCUUUCUUGGUUGUUUAACUCCCUUUAUCUUGGUUGGAGUUGUUUUCUUCUGUGUGUAUUUUUAACAAAUUGUAUUUAUUACCUUUUCAUCUUUAACGCUUCUUCUAGUCGGGUUGCUUGAAUGAGUGAAUUCUGUUCUCAGUUUCACCUGCUCUUGACUGGUUUGUAUUUUCAGUUUUUGACUAUUAAUUGAUCUCUCAAUAGAUGUGGGUUUUGCCUUUCCUCUCUCGGUUUCUCCCUUCACCCUUUUAAAACUGUACUUUUGAUCUUAAUGGGCAUCUACUUCUCAAUUACAGUUGAGUAGCUCAAGAGCUUUCUUGGCUCUCGAUUUCAGUGGUUUUCCAGCAGCUAACCAUCCCUUUCUCACAUGGGUGUUGUCACCCGUUUUAAAUAGCUCUUGCAUUCCUCAUUUUGAAGAGUUGAGAGCAUUUGUAUCUUAGUUUGGUUUUCCCUUUCUCGUCUCUUCUUCAAACUUUGAGUUUGAGCUGUUAUUUGUCCUCCUAAGACGAGUAGAUCCCCUACCCCAUUUUGGCUAAAUCAAUAAUCAGUUCUCUGAGUUGAUGACAACAAAGAGAGAGUGACUCUUUUAUCCUGUAUAACAUGCAUCUUCCUUACUAGGUGUUUCUUCUAAACCUGUUGCAAUGGUUUCACAAGACUCAUCCAGCGACCCAGCCUCGAGUAUUCUACACCAAUUCAUUAUUUCAUCAGACCCCAUUUCAAGCCGAACAAACAUGGAAGACAAUGGCUAUACUUCUUUCCAAUCGGAUGGAAGAAACAGGAAUUCGUUCCCCCAAUCACUGGGUGUACUGCCCACCACUCAAUUGCUGGGAGAACGAAUAUCUAGAGCAAUAGAUCAGCUUCAAGCCCAUACAAUAUCCGAGGAUUCUGAGCCUUGUAGUAGGAGACAUUUGAUGAAUCUUCUUGGAGCGGCGAGGGAGACUGAUAGUGAUCACCAAGCCCAAAGACUCUGCCUUACUCUUGGUUCUCAUCUUCCAUCCCAUAUGCUGAUACCUUCACUGCAGUACAGGCAAAGACCAUUGCAUUCGGAUCCCAUAGGCUUUAACUAUUUAAUAUCUGGAGAAGAAUCAAGAGAAAUUCAUAGCCCAGGAUUAGAUCACACAAGGAACGAUUAUCCCUUCGCCGAUAGCAUCUACACCUCAUCAUCAACCGUGCAGAACCAAGCAUGCUCCACCUCUUAUGAAAUAGAAUCCUUUGCUAACGUUGUGGCAAAUUCCAGAUAUCUAAAGCCAGCACAGUCCCUCCUUGAGGAGGUUGUUAGUGUGGGAGGGAAGGAUAUCGAUUUCAGUUCAGAGAAACCAUUUAAACGGUUAGCCAGAAAUGGAAGAAGAGGAACACUUGGAGUUUCUCCUGAAAUGCAAGCAGAGGUCUGUAGUAAUGCGUUAGCUGCCGAGAAACAGGAGCUUCAAAUCAGAAUUGUCAAACUCACUGCCUUGUUGGAUGAGGUUGAUAGCAGAUAUGAGCAGUACUACCAUCAGAUGGAACAAGUGGUGUCAUCCUUUGAGGUGAUAGCAGGCUUGGGGGCAGCAAAGUCUUAUACUGCACUUGCACUCCAAGCAAUGUCUAGACACUUUCGCAGCUUAAGAGAUGCUAUAGCUGUUCAAAUAAAUGUAGCAAAAUCACAAGCCUCUCAAGAUAUACCAAGAAUAAGAAACAGCCUUUCACAGCUCAGUUUGUUUGAUCAAGAGGGAAGACAUAAUCGAGCGUCCCUUCAGCAGCUUGGGAUGAUGCAAAACCGACGACAGCCAUGGAGACCAAUAAGAGGAUUGCCCGAGAAUUCUGUGGCAAUCCUUCGCUCUUGGCUUUUCGAACACUUCCUCCAUCCAUAUCCGAACGAGUCUGAGAAGCUAAUUUUGGCUUCACAAACAGGCCUAACAAAAAACCAAAUUUCAAAUUGGUUCAUAAAUGCUCGAGUUCGGCUGUGGAAGCCUAUGAUAGAAGAGAUGUACAAAGAGGAGUUCGCAGAGAAUUCAGAGGAUCCGGACCCAUCAUCAGAAAAUGUCUCUGUGGCAGGGAAGGAGGUCCCAGAUCAUUCAUGAAAGCAGGAGAAAUUGCCGGGAUGAGCACAUUAUAAUCCUAUUCCAUUGAUUACUGGCAUCAUGUAUGUUGCUUAUUGCAUCGACCCCACAAGUAUUUCCCCCUGAAAUUUUCCAUUGCAGGUCAUAUCAGAUCGAUUGCCAGUUGCCAGUAUCGGAGACUGAAAACCCGUUUUCCUAUCCAAUCUCUCGAAUUUUGACAUUAUAAUCCCACUUUGCAUGUAAUUAACAGAGGCUAUGCCUCGACUAGCAUUUAUCUGCAUCCGCUUAAUCGGUUGGGAAUCAGAAUUGAAAUCACUUGAAUAGGAAUCGUAAUGGUUUA